AUGAGAAUGCUGUGUUCCGUGUGCAGUAAGCAGACCACACGUGCCUAUUGCAGCAAUUGCAGCAAUACCAGUCCGUCAUUGUUGCUCAAGUGGCGGAUGGCGUUGUUGAGUAUCCAUGAGCAAAACAGGAAGUUGCAGGGGAGGGUGAAGGCCAUAUUAGAACGAUCUAUGGGACAGAAUGAUGUUGAUAUGGAUGGUGAUAAGAAUGAGGAGAACGAUUUUCCCUUGUUGAAGAGCAAAUUGAGGAAAGUGACCAUUUUGAAGAUGAAGAAGAGGAAUAAUAGAAUAAGGUUUAGAAUUGAACAAUUAAAAAAGAAUAUGGAAAACAAAAAACAACGAGCCACACAUAUGGAGGAUGAGUUACAAUUGGAAAUACCUAAGGAGGCUGCGAUCAUUUUACAAGAUGACGAAGACCUAAUGGAAAGAAUCCAUCAAACACAAAAAAUUGUCCAAAUGGCCCAGCAGGAAAAAUUACAUUCGUUAAGGAAGUGGUUCAUGGUAAGGCAAAGGAAGGACCUAUAUCUUGUUUCCUUCUCCAUCUUAUUUCAACCUAUAAUCUCGUUGCAAAAUGUGCCCAACUUACCAAGAUCGGUGACCAUAAGUUCUCUUAAUAACAUGUUUCAAUACUUGGAUAUAUUCGCCCAAAUCAUCAACUUCAAAUUACCAUAUGAUGGUUUCCAUUCCCUGACAUCAGCAAAGGAAGAUGGCGAUGACAACAAUACGGAUGUUGUUGAAUGGAUCACGAAACUAACUAUUGGUUUACUUCAAUUGGCAUCCAAAUUACAAUUAAUACGCACGAAAUCAAUAGAUAUCCACUGGCUGCUGGACCAGUAUGAUGUGGACAAGUUAUUCUACAGUGUGGUACAGCAAAGACAGAUCCAAUGUCGGGUCAUAUCAUCGGGACAAUGCUGGACGUUCUCCCAUGUAUAUGCAAUGGUCUCUGAGAUACUGAAUAUCUCUGAGAGGAACAGCAGAAAUAAUCUGCGAGCAGAUAGCACACAAAGACACUCUAUCAAGACAGCAGAUACACAGGUAGCCCAUCUGGAUCGAUGGUUUAUCGUCGGUUGA